UCCUUUCAAAUUAUCUCGAGUUCAUUCGGUGAAAAUAAUGUCUACAAAUAGGUAUCAAUUAUGGGGAGGAUGUUUCGACGAAGAACCUUCGAGGGUACUGCGGAGAUUAAACGACUCUUUAGCCGUGGAUACUCGGUUAUUUCGAGAGGAUAUACAAGGCAGUCGUGGCUGGGCUGCUGAACUACAUCAAAGCGGACACAUUUCCGGUGAAGAUAAUAAAUCCAUACAGGAAGGCCUUAACAUGGUCGAAAAAGACAUUGAGCAAGAAAUAAUUCAACAUGGACGCUUGAAUGACUCUGAAGAAGACAUUCAUUCAGUAGUUGAACGACGGCUGUUCAAGUACGCGGGUGACGCGGCACUGCGCCUGCACACAGCUCGCAGUCGAAACGACCAGUCUGCAACCGACACGCGGCUGUGGAUGCUCAGAAACUUGCCUAAAUUGCACUCUGCUCUGAAAGAGUUAAUCACGGUUCUUCUUAAUCGAGCAAGCAGUGAAAUUGAAAUUAUAGCACCAGGUUAUACACAUCUCCAGCGUGCUCAACCUAUUCGUUGGAGUCACUUUCUGCUAAGCCAUGCUUGGGGUCUUCGCGAUGAUGUGAUUAGACUUGAAGAACAAAAGAAACGCCUAUCCCGUUGCCCGCUGGGCAGCGGAGCUAUCGCGGGAUGUGCGCUCACUAUUGAUAGAACUAGGCUAGCCGGCAGUUUAGGGUUUGAGGAACUCACACCAAACUCUAUGUUUGCUGUCAGCUCAAGAGACCAUUUGGUGGAGUUUUUCAACUGGGCGUCGCUGUGUGGUUUACAUCUCAGUCGAUUAGCAGAAGACCUUAUAAUCUACAGUUCACAAGAGUUUGGUAUUGUCCGGCUUUCUGAUCAAUUUUCGACUGGAUCAAGCCUUAUGCCCCAGAAAAGGAAUCCAGAUGGAUUAGAACUGAUCCGAGGAGCCGCAGGUCUCUUGCUCGGUGAUGCAGUUGGAUUCAGUUGCAUACUAAAAGGACUUCCGAGCACGUACAAUAAAGAUUUGCAAUCUGAUAAAGAGCUUUUGUUUAGGUCCUACGACCGCCUACUUGACUGCUUAAAAGUCGCUGCAGGCACAAUUGCGACUAUGGAUGUGAACAGCGAGAGAGCAUUAAGUGCCCUUGACCCUGGAAUGCUAGCUACCGACCUGGCCCACGCUCUGGUUCGUCGAGGCGUUCCCUUCCGACGAGCUCAUCACUUAGUUGGUUCAGCUCUAAAACGAGCAUCUACCCUCGGAGUUGACCUCCGACACUUACCGUACCAAGAAUACCAUACCAUUUGCCCAGAGUUCGGGACUGAGGAAGAACUGGCUAGCGUUUUCUCGUGGGAGACGAGUGUGGAACAAUACACCAGCUUAGGUGGAACAGCACUGUCCGCUGUUAAACAUCAAAUUGAAAAAUUACGCGCAUGGCUCGAGGAACCAACAGAAUUCACUUGCAAGAAAUAAACUAAUUCCAU